CAAAGAAGUAGUUAAAAAAAAGGAGAAAAAGAAAAGAAAAGAAAAGAAAAGGUAAUCUGAGAGUGAGGGAGAUAGAGAUCCGAGUGAAUUGUAAUGGUAGUUGAAAAGCAUAUGGUAACCAGAAUAAAUAAUAAAAGGCCAUUUUGAUGAUAAUGGUGAUGAUGAAGAUCAGUGGGGUCGCCAUUCUCUUGAUCAUCUGCAUGGUACGGAAUGGUGGGGCCAUCUGGCUUACUCUACCGCCAUCAGGGACCAAAUGUGUCUCUGAGGAAAUCCAGAACAACGUUGUCGUUCUUGGUGAUUACGCCGUCGUUUCAGAAGAGCAACCACUCACCCCCACCAUCUCUGUUAAGGUGACAUCUCCAUAUGGGAAUAAUCUUCAUAAAAGGGAGAAUACAACCCAUGGUCAGUUUGCUUUCACAACGCAUGAAGCUGGAAACUAUUUGUCUUGUUUUUGGGUGGAUGGUUAUAAUCAUGGAGGUGGAGAUGUAAGUGUAAAUCUUGAUUGGAAAACUGGUAUUGCAGCCAAGGAUUGGGAAUCAGUUGCAAGGAAAGAGAAGAUAGAGGGUGUUGAGCUUGAAUUGAGAAAGCUUGAAGGAUCAGUGGAGGCCAUCCAUGAGAAUCUACUCUAUCUUAAGAGCAGAGAGGCAGACAUGAGAAAUGUGAGCGAAAAGACAAAUUCUAGAGUGGCAUGGUAUAGUAUGAUGUCCUUGGCUGUCUGCAUUGCUGUUUCAACUCUGCAGUUAUGGCACUUGAAGCGAUUUUUCCAGAAGAAGAAACUGAUCUAGAAUAUGCUACUGCAAUAAUCUUUCUCAAAGAGAGUGAUAAGAUUUAGAAUUUAUUUCGUUUUGUUAAUUUUCUUUUCUUUUUUAAGCAAAACAAAAUGUGUUCUUUUUCUUUGUAUUUUCAUUAGGAAAAAAAUUUGAUACAUCUCUUUAU